GGUCACAAUUUUAAAAUAAAGUUAAAACUUAGCGUAGGCUGUUAGCCACCUAAUAAUAAUGUUUUAAUCAGCUUCAAAUUAGUGUAGGCUGGUAGCCACCUAAUAAUAAUAAGUUAAAAUCAGGUUCAAAUUAGUGUAGGCUGGUAGCCACUUAAUACGUGUGAAAUAAAAUAAAAAAAAUUCAUUUAAGUUGAAAAAAUGCGGUAGUUAAUGUACAAGUUGAAUCUAAAAAAAAAAACAAAAUAACAUCAAGAAAGCAACAAAGCUCAUGCAAGACACAAACUUGAAAAUGACAAUCAAAAAAAUUAGUGGCAUUGGUGGUGGGUAUGUAGGUGGUCCAACAUGUAGUGUAAUAGCACUGAAGUGUCCGGAUAUCCGUGUGACGGUUGUUGAUAAGAGUAAUGAGAAGAUAGCUCAGUGGAACUCAGAGAAACUGCGGAUUCAUGAGCCGGGUUUGGAUGAAGUGCUCAAGAAAUGCCGAGGAAAGAAUUUAUUUUUCUCUACGGACAUUGAAGCUGCGAUACAGGAGGCUGAUUUAAUUUUUAUUUCUGUAAUUACACCGACCAAGACAUUUGGAAAUGGUAAAGGACGUGCCGCUGAUUUAACGUACGUUGAAAACACAGCGAGAAUGAUUGCUGAGGUGGCAACUGAUGAUAAAAUUGUCGUUGAAAAGAGCACGGUGCCUGUUAGAGCUGCUGAAAGUAUCAUGAAUAUUUUACGAGCUAAUCAUAAACCAGGCGUUUCUUAUCAGAUUUUUUCAAAUCCUGAGUUUUUAGCUGAAGGAACAGCAAUUGAUAAUUUAGUGAAUCCAGAUCGUGUUUUAAUUGGAGGUGAAGAUUUUCCGAAGGGACGCGAAGCUAUCGAAAAGCUCUGUAAUAUGUACGAUCACUGGAUUCCACGUGAAAAAAUCUUUACCACCAACACGUGGAGUUCCGAACUGUCUAAGCUAGCGGCUAAUGCAUUUUUGGCUCAGCGAAUAUCCAGUAUCAAUUCGCUGUCGGCAGUAUGUGAAGCUACUGGAGCUGAUGUAUCUGAAGUCGCAAGAGCCGUUGGUUUGGACUCGCGACUUGGUUCAAAAUUCCUUCAAGCCUCAGUGGGUUUCGGUGGCUCUUGCUUCCGAAAAGAUCUACUCAAUCUUGUAUACAUAUGCGAGUAUCUCAAUUUACCAGAAGUCGCUGCUUAUUGGCAACAAGUAAUUGAUAUGAAUGAGUACCAGAAGUCUAGAUUCUCGAACAAGAUCAUUGAGAGUCUUUUCAAUACUGUCACAGAUAAACAUAUCGCGAUGCUAGGAUUCGCAUUUAAAAAAAAUACUGGAGACACCAGAGAAAGUCCUGCUAUCGCUGUGGCCAAAAAUCUACUUGACGAAGGGGCCGUUCUUCAUAUUUACGAUCCCAAGGUAGAAGAAACUCAAAUAAUUGAUAAUUUAUCAGCUGUAGAUAUCGAUGACGUUACAAAUCGCAUUAAUAUUUUUGACAAUGCGUACAGUGCUACCAAGAACACUCAUGCCAUUGUCGUAUGUACAGAGUGGGAUGAAUUUAUUGAACUGGAUUUCGAACGUAUCUAUGCAGAAAUGACCAAACCGGUGUACAUAUUCGAUGGUCGUAAAAUUCUAGACCAUGAAAAAUUACAAAAGAUUGGUUUCAAUGUCCAAACGAUUGGUAAACGUGUAUCGCGGAUCGCCACUUCUAGGACUUGGGGCAGCCCCACACAGAUGUGAAUUUUUUAUAACUAAUAAUAAUUUCAAGUAUUAAUCGCAUUUAAAUGCAGUAUUCAUUGGUAAACCACUGAUGACGUAAGUCAUUGAAAAGCAAUAUUUAAUGCAAUUUUGCAGCAGUAUUUUGA